AUGGCACCAGAGGAGGGAAACCAGAGCUCUGUGACCACGUUCAUUCUGUUGGGUUUCUCAGAAUAUCCACACCUCCAGGCGCCCCUCUUCUUGGUGUUCUUGACCACCUACACUGUCGCUCUGGUGGGAAACCUUGGCAUAAUUGUGGUCGUAAGAAUCAACCCUAAGCUCCAUACACCCAUGUACUGUUUCCUCAGUCAUCUAUCCUUUUUGGAUACUUGUUAUUCCAGUGUAUUUACACCCAAACUUUUAGAGACUUUGGCUGUGGAAGACAGAAUGAUCUCCUUCAAAGGAUGCAUGGUACAAUUUUUCUUUGGUUGUGCUUUUGUGAUCACAGAAAUGUUCAUGUUAGCGGUGAUGGCCUACGACCGGUUUGUGGCUGUUUGUAACCCCCUGCUCUACACAGUGGCUGUGUCUCCUAAGCUCUGUGCUCUCCUGGUAGCUGGAACUUACACAUGGGGAGGACUCUGUUCCCCGACACUCACAUAUUCUCUUUUGAAGCUAUCCUACUGUGGAUCUAACAUCAUAAAUCACUUUGGCUGUGAGCACCCUGCCGUUCUUUCUCUAUCCUGCUCUGACCGCUACUUCAGCCAGAUGGCAUGUUUACUCAUUUCUAUAUUCAGUGAAGCUUGUAGCCUCCUGGUCAUCCUUGCCUCCUAUGUCUUCCUAGUUGCCACUGUCAUCAAGAUGACUUCUACGGGUGGACUCCAAAAGGCCAUCUCCACCUGUGCCUCGCACCUGACCGCCAUCUCCAUUUUCCAUGGGGUCAUCCUGUUUCUUUACUGUGUGCCUAAUUCCAAAAGCUCAUGGCUCCUGGUCAAAGUGGCUACUGUGCUUUUUACAGUCAUGAUUCCUAUGCUGAAUCCCCUUAUCUACAGCCUUAGGAACAAAGACGUAAAAGAGACAGUCAGGAAGCUGAUAAACUCCCAAUCGCCUUCUCACUCAUAA